CCGGAGCAGAGCCGGCCGGGCGGGCGGCCGGGCGGGGAGGAGGAGGAGGGGCCGGGACGGGCUGGCGGGCGGCCGGGUGGCGGCGGCGGCAUGGCGGAGCCGAGCGGGGCCGAGGCCAGGCCCCCCAUUCGGGUCACCGUCAAGACCCCCAAGGACAAGGAGGAAAUUGUGAUCUGCGAUCGAGCCUCGGUCAAGGAGUUCAAAGAGGAGAUCUCCAGGAGGUUUAAGGCUCAGCAGGAUCAGCUGGUCCUGAUCUUCGCCGGCAAGAUCCUCAAGGACGGGGACACACUGAGCCAGCAUGGGAUCAAGGAUGGGCUCACUGUCCAUCUGGUCAUCAAGACCCCUCAGAAGGCUCCAGAUCCAGCUGCCGCCACUGCUUCUUCUCCCUCCACUCCAGACCCUGCCUCAGCACCCUCCACCACGCCCGCUUCGCCUGCCACCCCUGCCCAGCCCUCCACCUCGGGCAGUACUACUUCAGAGGCUGGCAGCGGCAGCCGGAGGAGCAGUGGGGGGGGUCCCUCCCCGGGGGCUGGGGAGGGACCCCCCAGUGCUACUGCAUCCAUACUCUCUGGCUUUGGGGGCAUCCUGGGCCUGGGCAGCCUGGGCCUGGGCUCUGCCAACUUUAUGGAGCUGCAGCAGCAGAUGCAGAGGCAGCUGAUGUCCAACCCCGAGAUGCUGUCCCAGAUCAUGGAGAAUCCCCUGGUCCAGGACAUGAUGUCUAACCCCGACCUGAUGCGCCACAUGAUCAUGGCCAACCCCCAGAUGCAGCAGCUGAUGGAGCGGAAUCCUGAGAUCAGCCACAUGCUCAACAACCCGGAGCUCAUGAGGCAGACCAUGGAGCUGGCUCGGAAUCCAGCCAUGAUGCAAGAAAUGAUGCGGAACCAGGACCGGGCCCUGAGCAACCUGGAGAGCAUCCCCGGGGGGUAUAACGCCCUCCGCCGCAUGUACACGGACAUCCAGGAGCCGAUGUUCAGUGCUGCCCGGGAACAGUUUGGCAACAAUCCCUUCUCUUCCCUGGCCGGGAACUCCGACAGCUCAUCCUCCCAGCCUCUGCGGACUGAGAACCGAGAGCCCCUCCCUAACCCCUGGAGCCCCUCGCCCCCUACCUCCCAGGCCCCCGGGUCCGGGGGGGAGGGCACCGGAGGAUCGGGGACCAGCCAGGUGCACCCGACAGUCUCGAACCCCUUUGGGAUCAAUGCGGCUAGCCUGGGGUCAGGGGUGUUCAACAGCCCAGAGAUGCAGGCCCUCCUCCAGCAGAUCUCUGAAAACCCCCAGCUGAUGCAGAACGUGAUCUCAGCUCCCUACAUGCGCAGUAUGAUGCAGACGCUGGCCCAGAAUCCCGACUUCGCUGCUCAGAUGAUGGUGAAUGUGCCGCUCUUUGCGGGGAACCCCCAGCUCCAGGAGCAGCUGCGCCUUCAGCUCCCAGUCUUCCUCCAGCAGAUGCAGAACCCGGAGUCCCUCUCUGUCCUCACCAACCCCCGCGCCAUGCAGGCGCUGCUGCAGAUCCAGCAGGGCCUGCAGACCCUGCAGACCGAGGCCCCUGGGCUGGUACCCAGCCUUGGCUCCUUUGGGAUGUCCCGGACCCCGGCACCCCCGGCAGGCAGCAACACCGGGGCCGCGCCCGAGGCGCCCACCUCCUCGCCGGCACCCCCUGCCACGUCUCCUCCAGCGGGGGCCUCUGGUGCCCAGCAGCAGCUCAUGCAGCAGAUGGUCCAGCUGUUGGCUGGUGGUGGGAGCUCACAGGUGCAGACGCCAGAAGUGAGGUUCCAGCAGCAGCUGGACCAGCUCCACUCCAUGGGCUUCAUCAACCGUGAGGCCAACCUGCAGGCCCUCAUUGCCACAGGAGGGGACGUCAACGCAGCCAUCGAGAGACUCCUGGGCUCGCAGCUCUCCUAACCGGCCGGCCGCACCGCCCGCCUGCCCCCUCCCUCUGUGCCUGCCGUCCCCAUCUUCUCCCCGUCCCUCCAGACAGCAGGCUGGCUUCAGGGCCGCGGGCCUGGCCCCGGAGCUCUGAGAAUUCUGGGUUUACUUGCACAUCUCUUACAGAGUCUUCUAUCUGGGUCCCACUGGAGCGGGGCUGCGCGAGCCGUUUUCCAGUGUCGUGGGCCGGCCCCAGCUCCUGGCCCCGCUGCCGCGCCUCCCGCAGCCUACAGACGCCCCGGUGGUGGUGUGGGGUUGGCAGGGGGACUGCCAUCUGCUCUGCGGGGACGGGUUGUUCCUCGGGGGCCUGGGGCUUGGCUUGUAUGGUUACUUGUGGGGACUCUUCCUUCCCUCCGCCCCCUCCUCCCACUGGCAGCCUGAUCUGAGCUGGGGUCACACACUCGGAGGGAGGGGCAGGUGCACAGGCUGCCGUUUCCUCCUCCCCCGUGUCCUGGUCCCUUCAUCCAGGCUUUGUUGGGAUGUCCCGAGAGAGGAGAUGCCUGUCCUCCUGUCUAAAGAGGGAGGCGACCGCCCUCUCUGUACAAGGAACUGACAAGCCCCGGACCAGCCCCAUGAUUUGCUAGAGGAAGGGAAGGGGGAGAAGGACCCGAGUCAAAGGCUCAGAAGUUGGAAUUGACACUUGGGGAACGGAAGCCCCACUAGCUGUUUUAGGUGGGAGAGCGCGGGCUCAGGCCUGGCCGAGAAGGCCUAGAGAUGCUCACAGAAUCGGAGCUGAAGGAAGGGGCUCACAGGGGCUCCUACCGGCUCCGGGGCCAGGACCUGCUGGUGUCCGCAGGUACCACUGGUUUGAGCCCCCCCUCAAAAGACAUGAAGGGCUUGGGGUCCGUCUCAGCAGUGGGCGUGUGUGUGCGGCCGUACGCACACACGCGCGGUGAGUUACACAGGAGGGCGGGUUCUUUGUUGAUUACUGGUUCCGAGUUCUCUCCCGCCACAGAGAAGUGGGCAAAAGGGCCAGUCUAGGGCGGGAAUACACGCAGUCCAGCCAGCCAGGCCCCUCGGCUACCCGAGGGUGGUGCGGUUACCCCUCCCAGAGCUGUCAGGGCUGUGAGCAGCACCCCUCCCGCCCCUCCCCUCCUUGCUGUGGGGUUAGUACAGCAGUCUCUCCCCUGCAGUCCCUGGCCUUUGGAGUCUUCACUGUUUCUUCCAGGCCAGAAAAUUCUAUUUGAGGAAGGAAAGGAGAGGGCGGCAACCAUGCCUUUGAUCUGGAGCUGGACGUCCCUCUGUUGGAGCGCAGAGAAGGCUCUUCUCUCCGCUGCGUAGCCCGGCUGCUCGGAGUUCCCACGGCCGAGCGAGCGGAAGGGAGAGCAGCAGCAUCUUCUCCAGAUGGGAAAGGGUCCCGAGCAAUCCAGAGAGGAUGUCUGUGUGGCUCCCCCCAUCCCCGACGUCCACACUGGGCUUUGUAAAUAAAUGACGUGGUCUUUGUU